AUGGAUAACCUGAGAAAAUCCCCUUUGAAGCCAUGGAAGAAAGGCCCCACAAGAGGCAAGGGAGGCCCCCAGAACGCCUCCUGCGAGUACCGUGGAGUGAGGCAGAGGACAUGGGGCAAAUGGGUGGCCGAGAUCAGGGAGCCCAAGAAGCGCACCAGGCUCUGGCUUGGCUCCUUCUCCACUGCUCAGGAGGCCGCCAUGGCCUAUGACGAGGCUGCCCGCCGGCUCUACGGCCCUGAUGCCUACCUCAACCUGCCCCACCUCCGUUCCGACAUCAAUUCCGCCAUCACUGGCAAGCAACCGCAUAGGUUCAAAUGGUUCCCUUCCAAGAACUUCACGUCCAUGAUCCCCUCUUAUGGCCUUCUUAACCUCGAUGCUCAACACAACGUUCAUAUCAUCCAUCAAAAGCUUCAAGAGUUCAAGAACUCAAGAUUCUCUUCUUCUUCUUCUUAUUCUUCUGUGUCUUCCUCCUCUUCUUCUUCUUCUUCUUCUUCUUCUUGUCCUAGUUUGUCUCAGAGUUUGGAACCACUACCGGCGGGCACAGUUGAGAAAACUCUGUGGGAAAACUCUAACAUGAGAGUGGAAGAAGCGGGUGUCACACCACUUGAGAGGAAUCUAUUGAAUCAAGCAGAGAAGCCUCAGAUUGAUCUGAAGGAGUUCCUUCAGCAGCUAGGUGUGCUUAAAGAAGAGAAGAGUCAACUGGCGGCCGAUGAGGGUGCCGAAAGCUUGGCAAUGGUCGUUCCCACACAGGAAAGCAGUGGGGUUGCUUCGGAGAUGCUCAGUUUUGACGAGGGUAACUUCGAUUGGGACACGUUGGUUGAGAUGCGGGCUUUGGAGGACCACUUGGUCAUCGAGGAUGGCGGGUUGCCUGUCGACAAUAUGCAUGAAGAGCUAAGCUUGCCUGUCUCCAUAUGGGAUCUCUGA